AACAAUACAAAGCUAGAUGUGAUUAGGCUAAUGCUGAGGCCUAGAACGGAUCGAUGUUGGAAGAGCCCUGAGUGGACCCUGAGUUACUCCAUAUCGAACGGUCCUGCUCACCUGACCGCCGUCUUCCCGAAGUGGGGGAGCACGCGAGUCUUCAUUAGGGUAAAAGAGUUCGGUCCGUUCAGCCAUGCGGGAGGAAAUCUUCAUAGUAGGAAGGCUCUAUUCCAGGGAGUGGUUUUCAAAUUUCUGAAGAAAAGAGCCAGAGCCUGUAACGAUAACAUCGAAUUUUCUUCUUCUUCUGCUAUGGCGCUACAACUCGUAUGGAGUCAGGGACUCCUGCAGCUCCAACUGCCAGUUAUGUUUGAGAAGUGCACCCGUCUUCCAAUUGUGGACUCCAGCGAUGCGGGUCGUCUGCUUUCACUCCACCAACCCUUCAAAGUUUUGGUCUACCUAUCCGCCCUGGAUAGAUCCGCCAGAUAUGCAGAUAUUGUUGCAUUCCCCAAGACCGGAAGGAUAGAACUGCUCCUGGAUGCAGCAUUGAGAUUGAAAUGA